AUGGCGGCGACCGCGCCGACGUUUGCCGCGCAGGGCACCGCGUCGUUCUGCACGCCGGCCAAGAUCAAGAUCCUCUUGGUGCCGGCUGCGCCACUGGAUGUAGCCGAGUUUGAAAAGUGGGCGUCGUUCGUGCGCAACAUCGACUGCCUGCGCCUGCGCGACGUGCCGCGUGCCAAGUCGUCCGUGUACCCCUCCAGCCCGCUGCACCAGCAGGGCGAGGUGCAUGUACAGUUUGUGACGUCGUACGAUCCGCGGCACGCGUACCUCGCACCGCUCCAGCUGCACAGACAAGUGCUCGGCGUGCUCGGCCUCACGACGUACGACGAGCGCGCGGCGUACACGCAGGACCUGCCGCGCGUCGCGGGGCUGCUGCGCAACGAGCAUCCCAAUGCACUCGUGCACCGCGUCUUUGCGUUUGACGCGGAUCCGCGCGAGGUCAGGGGCGACGGCGACAUGGCGACGCUCGCCGCGGACGAGGCCACGUCCGAGUUCCAGCCGCAGCAGGCGGGGUUCAGCGGGCGCCGCGACGGAGGCCUGUUUGUCUUUCCGGCGGUGCGCCGCGACGCAAAGGACGUGCGCUUCUACCUGCGCACGCAGCUCGCCGAGCUCGUCGGCGCGGUGCUCGACCAGCUCGACACGCUCGUCGCGGCACUCGAGGGGACCUCGCUCGAGACGCCGCGCGAGACACUCACUGACUCGGUGAGCCCCGCGAUCCGCGCAGCGAUGAACAAGAGCAGCUCACUCGCGUGGGGGCGGGGACAGACGCCGCUCGACGCGCCGCCGCUCCCACCGCGACAGGGGUCGACCAGCACACCCCCGCCGGGCGCCGCGUCCAAGGUGUUUAGCGCACUGAGCAAGCGCAAGGCCGCACCGGGCACCGCGCCCCCGACCUCGGGGCCGCACGGCAGUGCACGCCACGCCAAGGUGCGCGGCGACCUCGCGCUGCUGAGCGGCGACCUGUGGAGCGCGCUCGAGCUCUACGACUCGCUCCUCACGCUCCAGGGCCGCGAGCGCGCGCUGGCGGGUGGCCAGGACGCCGUGUGGUUCGCGUCGGCACUCGAAGGAUGGGCCGUUGCACGCAUGCUCGUUGCGCGCCUCGGCGGCGCGGCGCACGACCAAGCGCCGUGCCUCGCAUUCACGCUCCUGCAGCCCAAAGACAAGGAGAAGGACGUGCGCGAGACGAUCGUGCCAUCACUGGCGUGGAAGGAUAUCGCAGAGGCGUACGCCCUUGCGCUGGCCGUCUACGCCAAGUGCCUUGCCCCGCCGCAGGUCCAGCUCGAGUCGCUGCGCUUUGUCACGAACGAGACGCCGCGCGAUUACACGCCGCCGCUUGUGCACGCGGGCGCGUCGCUCGCGUACAGCCGCUUUCUCCUGGCGCUGUGGGCGUCGGGCGGCUGGAACGGCGAGGCGUUCGACCAGAUGCUCUUUGGCGGCACGCCGCCGUCGCUCGCAAGCGGCACGCCGCCGCACACCGAGCUCUCUGCGCACUCGGGCGUAUACCGCGACGAGAUUGCAAGCGCCGCGUGCGGCGCACUGACGCCGGCGCUGCGCACGCUGCCGGAUGCAGACCAGAUCGCGGUGCUCGGCUCGGUCGCCAAGCUGCUGAGCCUCGUCGGCUUCCAGCGGCGCCUCGCGCACGUCGUGCGCCAGCUCGAAGGCGUCGUUGCGUCGCUCCUUGCGCGUUCGUUCCGCGCGCGCGAGCCCCUGUCGCAGUCUCUGUCGAUCGAGACGCUGCUGCACGAGGCGCUCCGCCUGCGUGUGCCGGCACCAGACACGGCCUUUGAAGCAGCGCGCGAGUCGGACGGGAUGCACGCGGCGAUGAACCCCGCGCUAGUGCUGGGCCUGCUCGCCUGCGACACGUACGGCAUCGACCUGCUCACCGUGCCGGUACGCCAUGUGCCGAGCAGCCACAUUCUCGAGCGCGCGCGCCGCCGCGUGUGUGCAGAGCAGUACGGCGCGCUGCUCGAGGCGGCCGUCGGCGGCACCGCAGCGCAGUCGACGCUCCUGCCGGCUCUCGCACAGAGCGCCGAGGCGGCGCAGCUCGCCAAGCCCGCAUUCGGAUGGACUCAGCUGCAGAUGCAGCUGCUCAAGGACCUCGUCGUGCAGAGCGAGGCGCUGAACGACUAUGUCUCGAUGACGUACUUUGCGACGCUCCUCCUGCGCGACUUUCAGGCGUCCCUUGCGCCGCACGACCAGACGGCGCUCCUCGAAGGCCUGCACCGCGUCGUUCCGCUCGCGCGGCGCACCGCGCCAGAGCUUAUCCUGAGAUACUAUGGACCACGCGACUUGCUGAGCGCCAUGGAAAUCCAGCCACUCCCGGCGGCGCUCACACCGGUCGUGCGCAGCCGCGCGGUGUUUGAUCCGCCGCCGCCUGCAGAAGGUGCGCCGCUUCCGGCCGGCGUACAGAACCCUUUCUUUUGGAAUACACCACGGACGACCAAGCCCAAGAUGCUGCACCUCGUUGCAGGCGAGCCGAUGAAUGUGCAGGUGACGCUGCGCAAUCCCUUGGCUAUUCCGCUGCUGGUGGAGCGCAUUGCGCUCGUCGUCGAUGGCGAGGCGGAUACGCCGCCGGCGCGCACGCUCGUGCCGCCCAAUGCUUUGCACAUUGUCCAGCUGCAGGCGAUUCCCAAAACGGCCGGUACCCUCGCCGUGGAAGGCGUGUCGGUCGUCCUGUGGAGCGCCGAGGAGCAUACGCUCCGCCUCGGCGUCGCGUCCGAGAAAAAGGAGGCUGCAGGAGGAAAGAGCACCGGGCUCGAUGCGCGGCACUCGGUGCGCCUCUUGGCGCGCGUCGCCGGCGCGGGCGCGGCAAAAGAGGAAGGCACGUCGGCCGAUGUAGAGCAUCCGCCAUGGACGCCAGACGGCGUCGACGCCCUCCUUGCCCCGAGUGCGGCCAAGUACGCGACAUGCCAGGUCUCGCCGCCGAUGCCGAUGCUCGACGUGUCGCUCCCGACACUCAAUACCGCCCUGGCACUGCGCGACGGGCAGAUGGCGACGCUGCCCAUCCGCCUCGCAAACCGCUCCGCGCUGCCGAUCGACUUUGUGCGUUUCGAGCUGGACGACAGUCUGCAAGGGCCGGUGCGCGCGGCGAUUGCGGAUAGCGGGCUGCUGGCCGGCGACGUGCACGAGCUCGAGUGGCAGCUGCUCUAUGCGCCGGUCCUCUCUGUUGCACAGGACGCCCAGACGGCGCUGCGUAUUCCGCCCCGCGGCACGGCGACCGUCGAUCUUACCGUGCGCGGCAAAGCGUCGUGCGAAUGGGCGAGUAUUCGGGUGUACUAUGGCAACACCCAAGGCGCAGACGACGCGGCCCUCUCGCUGCGCACGCUCCAGGUGCCGGUGCCCCUCUCCAUCCAGCCGAGCAUCGAGUGCAAGGCCAUGGCCUUCCACGAGGUGGACACCUCGAGCGCCGAGCGCCUCGCGGGCCAGCUCACGGGCGCCACGCAAAAGCUCGGCGCGAGUUUCCUGCUGAGCCUCGACCUGCACAACCCCUCGCCGCACGCCUUCGAGGCCGAGGUGGACGUAGACGCUGCGCCGGACGUUGCGCUGCACGUUUCGCGCAUCGUCGCGCCUCAGACGAUGGCGCGUGUCAUUGUGCCGAUGGCCAAGCGGAGUCUUGCGACUGAAGCGCUCCAGGCCCCAAUCCCAAAAUUGUCGCCGCGGCAGUUUGUCGUCGCCAAGACCAAGCUCUCGCCCGAGAUGCAAGCGGCGUGCAAUGCGCAGUUCUGGCUACGGAACUCGCUCCUGGAGAGCGUGCGUGCAAAGUGGAAGGACACUACGACCUGCGGCGCCAUCUCGCUGCGCGGCCAGUGGCCGUCGGUCGACCAAAUCCGCGUCUUUUCGCAGCAAAAGGUACAGGUCGUGCUGGCGCUCGACGAUGCACAUGUGCGUGCCGAGGACCUCGUCGGCGUCGCGGCCACGAUUACGAACCAUACCGAGUCGCCGCUGCGUAUGCGUCUGCACCUUGCGCCGACAGCCGCGGCCGCAUUUGACGCCGAGCAGCGCGCCGCCGAGCAUACCGCUGCGCAGGUGAUGGUCGCCGACGGGAGCUGGAGCAGUGUCGUGCAGCCGACGCCGCUCGCGCCCGGCGCAUCUGCAACAGUGCGCCGCUCCUUGUGCUUCCUGUCGGCGGGCACCUUUGCGUUGCGUGCCACCGCCGAAGUCCUCCCCGAGGAGCCGGAGCAGGCCGCAACCGUCUUUUUGAGUACGCCGCUCGCGGUGCAUGUAGAAGCAUAG